GUUCAGCUUCUCCUUCCUCUCAAUCGUGACCAAAACCACAACCCUCCCACGAUCAAAUCAACAAUUCAUAUCAUGAAUCUUUGUUAAUGGGCACCAAAUUUAGCAACCCUUUUCACGAUCAUCAUCAAAUUAAGCAAUGAAAGGCGGGUUUUCGGCGCCUGGUGAUUACAUCUACUUCAAGUCGCAGGUCCCUCUCCAUAAGAUCCCCAUUGGCACAAAGCAAUGGAGAUAUUAUGACUUUGGUCCUAAAGUCGUGCCUCCACUGAUAUGUCUUCCUGGCACUGCUGGCACAGCAGAUGUCUACUACAAACAAAUCAUGGCACUCUCCAUGAAGGGUUAUCGAGUGAUUUCUGUUGAUAUUCCUUGCGUAUGGAACAAUCAGGAGUGGGUUCAAGCAUUUGAGAAGUUUUUGGAUGUUAUUGAUGUCCACCAUAUACAUCUUUAUGGCACAUCCCUGGGAGGAUUCUUGGCACUACUUUUUGCUCAGCACCGACCACGGCGAGUUAAGUCAUUGGUACUCUCAAAUGCGUUCUUGGAGACAAAAUAUUUUGCAGCUGCCAUGCCUUGGGCUCCUGUUGUUGGCUGGACCCCUUCUUUUCUGCUGAAACGAUAUGUCUUAACAGGAAUACCUAGUGGUCCUCAUGAACCAUUUAUUGCGGAUUCUGUGGACUUCGUUGUCGCACAGGUUGAGACCCUCUCAAGAGAGGAUUUGGCUUCCAGGUUGACCUUAUUAAGUGAUGCUGCUUCAGUUGGACCACUAAUGCUUUCAGACUCUUUCAUCACUAUAAUGGAUACAAACGACAAAUGUGCAAUACCUCAGCAACUCAAAGAUCAUGUAAGCGAAAGGUAUCCUGGUGCAAGACGAGCAUACAUUAAGAGUGGCGGUGAUUUUCCAUUUCUUUCACGCCCGGAUGAAAUUAAUCUCCAUCUUAAGUUGCACCUGAGACGGGUUGGUGUAGAAGCUCGUGAAGACCUGGUUCCAGGAAUCCCAAAGGCUGGCGAUGGUGCUGAUGGCGGCAGUGGUGGUGGUGCUGGUGGCUCUGGCGAACCAAAAGAUGAUCAAGAAAAAACUGAUGAUGCUUCAAACCCUGAUGGCCCUUCCAGCAAUGAGGGUCAGCCUCCUCUUGAUCCAGAAAGUAACGAUUCUCAAAAUCCAGACAACCAGCCGCUCGGUGAUGACUCUCUUCCACCUCUCCUACUAAAAGCAUUCUUUGAGAAAAACGAAGUCGUUCUGGCCACAAGUUUUCAGCAUUUCAUGCUCAAGUUUUUCGUUCUUUAUUAUCAACUUCCUGUUAGCUUGUUAACUUUGUACAUCAAAGAUGAGUUUCGAUUGUUUGUGUAAAUGCCAACUUUUUUGUUUGUAAAAUAUUUUUUGGUUAUUGUUUCUAUACAACCAUUUCAUUUUAUCUUGUUGGUUACGCAAACGUUUCGAGUGUAUUUUUUGUUGCUGGAAAUCGAAGUUUGAACGUUAUGGU